CGGUGCGGCGAGGCUUAGCUGCCCCGGACUCACGCGCUGUCUUUUUCCUUGUUUAAACCCCGCCUACUGUAAUGGCAAGUACGUAUUCACAUGGGUGUCUAAGCGAAAAUUUCUCCCUACUGAAUUUGGUAUUGAGAAGAAUGAAAUAAAUGGUGUGAGAAAUAUAGUGGUGGCCUGGUUGGAAUGGGGUCUGGCAAUGCCCCCUCUUGCCUUUAAUUUGGCUCUCUGACAGCUCAAAUUAAAGUGUAAACUGAUCCCCAUGUCAAUAUAUUUGUUCUUUCCCUCAAAGCACCCACCUUACCUAGUAGACAAUUUUUGCCUUCUGUCUGUCUUUCCCACUCUCUCUCUCUCUCUCUCUAACUUAAGAAAAGAGGGAUUUUUUUUUUGGUUGUUUCAAUGAAUAGUACAACAGGGCCGUCAUCAUCGUCAUCUACAACAACAGCUUCAGCAGCAGCAACAAAGUUCAUCAAAUGUGUUACGGUUGGUGAUGGAGCUGUUGGCAAGACAUGUCUUCUUAUUUCUUAUACUAGCAACACUUUCCCAACUGAUUAUGUCCCCACUGUUUUUGACAACUUCAGUGCUAAUGUCUUAGUUGAUGGCCAGACUGUGAAUCUGGGUCUCUGGGAUACUGCUGGCCAGGAAGACUAUAAUAGACUAAGACCUUUAAGUUAUAGAGGAGCUGAUAUUUUCCUUCUUGCUUUCUCCCUCAUAAGUAGGCCUAGCUAUGAGAACAUUUCAAAAAAAAAGUGGGUCCCAGAGCUGAGACAUUAUGCUCCAUCAGUGCCCAUUGUUCUUGUGGGGACAAAACUAGAUUUGAGAGAAGACAGACAGUUCCAGUUGGAUUAUCCUGGAGCAUGUACUAUUUCUACAGAGCAGGGUCAAGAAUUAAAGAAGCAGAUAGGAGCUUUAGCAUAUGUUGAAUGCAGCUCAAAGACACAGCAGAAUGUAAAGGCUGUAUUUGAUGCUGCAAUCAAGGUGGUUCUCCAGCCUCCAAAGGCUAAGAAGCCCAAAAGAAAACUGAGACACUGCUAUUUUCUUUAAUCAAUAUACUUUGGUUGCUGGUAAUUUGUGAAGCUGUUGACGAUGAUUCUCACUUCCUCAUUUAUUUAUCUAUUGUUAUUCUUUUAUUUUCUAUAUAUAUAUAUAUAAUUAUUUAUUUUCUAUUGGGUGUCUUUUGUGGUUUGUUCUAGGAAAUUUGUCAUUUUUCUGUGCUGAUUUCUCUUAUAAGAUGUGUACUAAAAUUUGGAGAGACUGUUUCAUAGUGUCAGGAAGUGGGAUCUGUAUGAUACUAAAGUGAGGCUGAUCAAUUGCUGUGGGUUGAAUGUGAACAAAAUCGCUUUUCACUAUUAAGCUUUAGCUUUGGAUUAGUAUAACUCAAUAACAUGGACUUGAGCUCCUCUUGUUAACUCAUUUCAAUUCA